GACAGCCAUGACCAGUGUGAGCCUGAAGCUGGACAACCUUGGGAGUUCAGAGCAGAUCACUAAACUGUUCCCCAAGUGUCGACCUAGAGACAUCAACCUCAACCCUACGAUUACUCUGGACAACCAUGAUUCCCUCAUGAUGGAUCCUGAUAGGAGCGAGUGUGGUGUGGAGGGGGAAGGUGCUGGGGAGGGGGAGGAGUCGUGCAGUCAGGACACCUCACCGGAGGAGAGCAAUGAAGAGGAAGACGACGACAUGACUUCGGGGCCUGUGACUGCGUCGGGGCUCAACACCACAGAGAACAACAAGGUGGUGCUGCAGUUGACUGGGUCGGCCAACAAACCCGCUACCUACAAGCUGCGCGAUUCUAGAAUAAUUGAGAUUGCCGGUGGAAGGGAAGUUUUCUGCCAAAGUCGGACGAAAGCCCUGCGGAAGUCCCGAUCUGAAGACAAGAUGGCCGCCAACAGAUGCAAGAGUAGAUCUCCCGCUCAUCCUGGAGGAGUGUGGGAACUGAGGACAAGGACUGGCGAACCCAAGCGAAGUCCGUCCUCACGAGAAGUUACCGAGACUGUUUUUUCUACCGAAGUUCGCUCCGUACGACAUCAACGCCCACAAUCGCUCAAAGGUGGUGCGGUAGUUUUUGACGACAUAGAUGACAACUGGAAGAGUCUGAGGUUGCCGACGCUGGGUAGUGAUCAGAGAGCAAUGUCCUCGGGAGGCAGUACCCCCAGCCCUCCUGGCUACCACUCCCAACACCCCCCUGCGCAUUUCUUUAAGGUGUCCAACUCGGUGUCAGACGGAGAGUCUCUUUCGCCAGAAAGAGAGAGAGACAGUGGCGGGGGAGGAGGGAAAGUACCUAGAGUCAUCGGAGGUCUGCCCAUCGCAGAGUACGAGGGGUCGCCUCGUCGCUACGGCCCCCGUCAGUCUGAAAACCCAGUACUGCCGAGCGCCCACAGUCUGCUGGCAUCACCCUCCGUCUAUCUGCCCCGCCCGGGCUUCCCCCAGAGGGUAGUGUCCGGCUCAGGGGAGGAAGGCGAGAACCCUGGAGCUCUCAACAGUGAAGGAGGCCCUCCUCAGACGCCUACACCUCCCCACGCCGCUCCCAACCCUCACAACACCUUCGACUAUCUCUACGAGUUCUCCGAGACGAGAAAAGUCCUAGAGGAGUUCUUCAAACCAGGCGAUAACAACAAUAAGCAAGUCAGUCCUCAGCCUUUCCAGGACUUAGACUAUGAGUUGAGAAGACAGUCGGGGUCGGGUGAAGGCAACGCUUACGUCGGUCUGAGACUAGCCAAGUCGACGACAUCUCAGGAAGACGUCAACUGUGAGACUGUACACAAGGCUGGAGACGACGCCAACGUCAGUGAUCUUAUGGCUAUGCAGUCGUCUUGUGGUGGAUCUACUGAAGACCUGGAGACCGAGGUGGGACAGACAGUAGGACACUCCCGCAACUUCACUCUGUCCCCAGAGACUACAGACUGUGACAGUAACUGUGAUAGCGAGGCAUCGUCACUGUUGGCUACUGAGCCACCUCCGCCAGCGCCUCGCACCCCUCUGCUCUACUCCUCCAUGCCUGUGCUGGAAGACGGCCUCUCUUCAGGCCACACCAGUGACACUGACAAUAACAACCCUACCGUACUGUUGAUGAAGAGACAAAUAACUGAAAUAGAAAGAGAAAUUGUAGAGAGAAGUAGCCGAAGAGAGGUUGUGAAUGUUAAUGGUAAAAUGAACGGUGCAGAAGAGAAGACUGAUGUAAAAAAGUCCACUACAAUCAUCGACCCAGCAGACAUUGAUUUGGAAUGCUUGGAUCCUCUGAGUGAGAGAACUCCGCCCCCACCAGCCCCACAGCCACAUCGUAGACUCAGUGCAGAUCCCCCCUCUGUGGAGGCAGCUCUUAAAGAUAUCCGCAUGACUUUGCAGAGAACAAAGACUCUGCCUCACACUUCACCUACUCAGCCUGACAAGAGCCCUAUCUGGAUACCCAGAAAAAAGGGAACCAGUGCAACUAGUGAACACAGUGGGGAUGAAGUGACGCUGCCGGUUGCAGAUGAACCGGACACGGACCUCGAGACCGACAGGUUAUUGGGGCAGCAGCGCACAGACGAUCACGGCUUCUACGACGACAAGGAAAAUUAUAACUCAUUUCGAGCCAAAAAAGGGAAAAAUGCUCAUGGUUGGAGGAAGGUGAAAACCAGAGCUGCUACGACAGGGUCGUCUGGCGGCGGCAAGCUACCCCCCUCCCCGCACCCUUCGCCAUCCCAGUCCGUCUCCUCCGUAGCCAAUGAGAGUGAAGCACCCCCCACCACUAGUCCUGCACUCCCCUCUCCUCCCUUGACCUCCCCACCACCCAUUAGCACUUCUCCCACCACGGAAACCACCACUAAUGGGAACUCUAAGUCUAAAAAGGAAAAGGAUGGGGUGAAGAAAAAAGGCAGAAAUAAAGAAGGUAUGAUUCACGAACCUACAGUGCUGAUCGAGGGGGUGCUGUUCCGAGCGAGGUAUCUCGGCUCUACGCAGCUGGUGUGCGAAGGUCAGCCGACCAAGAGCACCCGGAUGAUGCAAGCCGAAGAGGCGGUUAGUCGGAUAAAGGUGGGGACACACCACGCAGGGUGUGAACUUGCGGCUUUGAAUCCGUCCGAUUCCGACUCCACCGAAUUGUCGGAUCUCGAGGCAGAUUUGAGCUCUAACGCUCGACUCGGCCCUGGCUCGCUUUUCCGCCUUCGCUUUCUCGGUUCAGUCGCUGUAGACGAAGAGGAGAGGUCUACGUGUAAGCGACGACUGAAGAAAACCAUGGUCGAAGAAGCUGUGAUGAAAAUAAAGGCACCCGAAGGCGAAACUCAACCCAGUACUGAAGUCGACCUAUUCAUCUCCACCGAGAAAAUCAUGGUUCUCAAUACAGAUCUCAAGGAGAUAAUGAUGGACCACGCUCUCCGUACAAUCUCGUACAUCGCGGACAUCGGAGACUUGGUGGUGUUGAUGGCUCGGCGAAGGUUCGUACCCCACGAGGUCGAAGAUCCGCCGAAGAUCAACCGGACACCGAAGAUGAUCUGUCAUGUCUUUGAAAGCGAAGAGGCGCAGUUCAUCGCACAAUCGAUAGGGCAAGCUUUCCAAGUCGCGUAUAUGGAGUUUUUAAAAGCAAAUGGGAUUGAAGACCAUAGUUUUGUCAAAGAAAUGGAUUACCAAGAAGUUCUCAACUCACAAGAAAUAUUUGGGGAUGAACUACAAAUGUUUGCAAAAAAAGAAAUGCAGAAAGAGGUCGUGGUACCGAAAGCAAAAGGAGAGAUCUUGGGAGUGGUGAUCGUAGAGUCAGGCUGGGGCUCGAUGCUGCCAACCGUCGUCAUUGCCAACCUAGCGCCGGCCGGCGCAGCGGCACGGUGCGGACAACUCAACAUUGGAGACCAAAUCAUCGCAAUCAACGGUGUCAGUCUAGUCGGGUUGCCUCUGUCAACGUGUCAGAACUAUAUUAAGAAUUCCAAAACUCAAACCGUAGUGAAGCUGACAGUGGUUCCGUGUGCGCCGGUGGUGGAAGUGAAGAUUAAAAGGCCAGAUACUAAAUAUCAGCUGGGCUUUAGUGUUCAGAAUGGAGUUAUCUGCAGUUUAUUGAGAGGCGGAAUCGCAGAAAGAGGAGGAGUCAGAGUUGGACAUAGAAUCAUUGAAAUCAACAACCAAAGUGUCGUCGCAGUUCCGCACGAAAAGAUCGUCAACCUGUUAGCAACAUCUGUGGGGGAGAUCCUGAUGAAGACGAUGCCCACCUCCAUGUUCAGACUGUUGACCGGCCAAGAGACUCCGGUUUACAUUUAAGUGCACAAACACGAGAAAGCAGCACAAGUGAUCCAUCUAGUUUAUUUAACCUGUAUUGAAUACAGUAGUCUAUUUUUAAUAUGUAUUUAUUUAUUUAUUCGGUAGGUAUGUUAAAAGUAUGCACGCUUAAAGAGAUUUGUAUAAAGAGGAACCAUCGCCAGUAAAUAGUUAAUAGGUACACAUUAAAACUAGGUAGUUGUUCCAAUAGACUUAAACAAUAAAAUAAUAUAGAACAAAAAAACUUUCUUGAAAUGUUUAAACUAUUUCAAUUUGAUCGUGCGAGACAAGAUGGGUGAAUUAGGUUUAUUUUUUUGUAUCUCCGAUUUGUAACUUCGCCCAAAGUAUUUCAUUAUGUUUUGUUGUAUGAUCUUUUAGUUAAAUUAUGUAGUAUUCAUUAAUUUUUUAAUGACGUAUCUUUGCUACUGAGCGGCAAAUUAUAGCCUAUGUAGUAAAAUUUUGAAGGAUUAUAACCCUUAUAUUGUUUUAUAUCGCUUUAUUUGAAUAUUUCUAAGAUACCAGUUUUAUACCAAAAAUAACAUAAUGUAGAAAAUGUGUAUAAAAUAGAUUAUUAAUAUCACACAAGUGUCGUUAACUAGGAUAAAUUAUAUCUUGAAAAUAAUUUUCCAGCAUUGUUUUUGCAUGUACUCAAAAGUUUUUUCAACUCAAAUAUUGUGAACUAUUUAAUUUGUAAUACUACUUGUUGGUUUUUAAUGAUAGCUUUAUAAUUUAAGCAACUUUCAGUGUUUUGGAAAAGUUUUGUGCUUUGUGUAUUUUUUUCAGUCCAACACGGUAAUGAUUAAGAAAGUAUCCUCACUUGAAUUGUGUAAAAUGGUAUACAAUCCUAUUUAGUUUUAAUAUCUAAAAAUUAGUCAAAAUUUCAAAUAUUUAAUAAUGAUUAAGUUUUUUCAACAUACUUUACAAUAUUUUGUCAUAUGACCUUUUUUUCAAUGAAUUGUACGAUUUACUUUCUAAACUAUAUUCAUUUUCUUAUGAAAAAAUUAUUAGAAAAUUUCACUAGAGGGAAGAAACUCUAGCCGUAGGCGUGGCACAGAAAGACCUAGAUCCAGGACCGAUUUACUUUUUCAUUUUUAUGUUCCCAGAGGCCAAAAUAUUAUUUGUUCAAAUUUUGAUGAUAUAUGUUUUGAUAUUUGAGCAAUUUAUAUACACAAAAACACUACAUACGUCUGUCCAUGAGCUCGAUAACUCGAGUAAUUUCAGUCCAAUUUUGAUGAAGUUUGGCAUGGAUGUGUAGAGCUGGAUAAACUUGAACGAGUUUGUAAACCAGCGAGAUCAGGUUAUGGGAAACUAAAAUUUAAAUAUAACUUUUUAUUAAAAUAUUUGAGUUAAAAUCCAAUCAGGUGAAUUGAAAUUCGCUUAGUCUGCAGGUUGGCUGCUGCGAGGCAUUUUUAUGUAAAUUAUCAUUCCUUUAAUUUUCCUUGGCCCCUUAAAAUACUAAUGGUGAUGAAGAUUUUCUAAAUUUGUUUAUAGCUAACUUUGCAAGAGGCAUACAUCUGGUUAAUUGCUGUUAUGUAUGAAGUUAAAUGAAUAUUUUGUAGAAAAAUACCCAUUAUAAGAUAAAUUAUUUAAAAUUAAGGUGGUGCAAAAUUUAUAUAACUAUCUUAUAUAUUUUGAAAAAAUUGUUUAAGAUAUUAAUUUAAAAAUGUAUUAGUUGAACAAAUAGAAAAAUGUUUACAAUAAGGUACCACAUUAUGACUGUCAAAUCGUGAAUUUAUUUAUCGAUUUAAGGGUAGUUUAAUCAACAUGUUUUAAUGUGUUAACCUUAUCCUUCAAGGAGGGAUUUUUAUUUCCCGCCAGACCAUGCUACGGUGAUUCCCAAAUCAUGCCAAACCAUCACUUCUACCAUUGUUCAGUGAGUGUUGGUGAUGGUCGUUAUUGGAUUCAUAAUUUCAUUACCAAAGUAGAAUUCAAAAAUAAAUAUAAAUUCUGGAAUUUAUUUGUUAUUUGCUAACUGUAGCAGUGUCUUUUUACGUGUGACGAGGAAGGUUCAUCAAACCACCUUUAAGGGUUUAUGUUAAUAAUACUUUUUAUUCAACAAUUUUUCAAAAUUUUCAAGUAUUCAGUUGAUUAGUUGCUUUUAAUUAUUUGUAAUGCAACAAAUCACUUAGUUGAAAUAGAAAUAUUGUAACUUUAUAAUUUGUCUUUAACCUGAACGCAUUGAACAUUUCAAAGUAUGUUACUCUAAAUCUCAAAUUUUAUCCUCUUAACUAAAUUCAAUCUUUGGCUGAAAAAUGUUCAAGAUAUAUUAUCAAACAUUUUAAUUAGUACUUGACAAUUCUUACAAAACUCCAACAACCUUUUUAAACUGUAGCAAAUGGAGGUAAAUACCAAACUACACAGAAAUAUGUUUUAAGAACAUUCAAUAGAUACAUUCAUUCUGUGUUAACUCUUCGUUUGUCCAGAAUUUUGAAUUUUUCCAUUGUCAAAUCGAUUGAUUCCCCUUUACUUUCCACUAGUAUGCUAUUUCAGUUAAUCCUUAUCAAACACAGAUCUCAGACUAUUACUUCUAACUUAGUAUAAUAUUCUUGUUGAUAUCCAUCUCUUAUACCCUAGCUUGCCUCGCUUCCUCCCUCGACUUGUCGUUUGUCCCGCGCAAGCUAUCUUUACAUAUCUGUAUCGUAUCGCAACGCUCCACGAGCGUCUUCACUGUCUUGGUUGCUACGAGCAAUUCGAGUUCCCAGUCGGUUCACAGGAAUGACGUGUUUUCGAGUGCCUAAACCGGUAGGGUCGGAUGAGACUGUACAGUUACGUUUUCUAGUCGCAUUUUGUAGUGUACAUCCUGUAGAUUUACUAUAUUAUUCUAUAAGUGUGUGAGUGUUAUUGUACUAGGUGUCCAAUUGUAGUGUACAAUGAUAUGUUACAACUCGGUUCGCUUACGUUGGAAAUGUGGAUGUAAACGCUGGGGCCAUACGCAAAACUUGGCUAAUUGUGUUAUUUAUUUAUUGUGGAAACACCUCAUAUCAUGUAUGUUUUGUAAUAUUUGUGUUCUGUAUAUUUUUGUUAUUUUUUUACAUGUUUAUUUAUGGAUCUAAGUCAUUUCACCAAUGUGAAGUACAACUCAAUUUUAUAUAUUUGUGAAUAUGUUUUAUCAAGCAAUGCAAGCUUUAUUGUGCCUUAGUUUAUAGUGUUUUAUUCAAAAAUCUUUGCUCUAAAGAGCAUCACCAAAUAAACUCACCACACUUGCUUUACACAAUUCAAACCAACUUUUGUUUGUUUUUAAUAUUUUUUUAAUGUGAUAAUAAUAUCAAUGAAUACAAAUCUUUUUUUAAGAAGCAGAAUGCCUUUGUACAAAAUUCAGUCUGGGAAUGUUUGAAUUUCGGAAAGUUCCCGUGUCAGCCGCUAAGUAGACUACUGUGAGCGCGCGGCCAAGUCAGCUGACUGAGUGAGACGAGAUAGAUAGAGCGGCCGCCGCGCAAAACUCAUUUCCAAAAAAAAAAUCCAAAAUUGCAAAAUUCCAGUCUGACUAUUCUCCAUAAGCAUUUUGCUUCUUAAAGGGUUUUUCUAUUCAUUGAUAAUAUUGUGUUUACAACAAUGGAACUGGAUAUUUUUUUAAUACAGAAGAACCUGGAUAACAAGACUUAUGGGUACUUAUUAUCGAGGUUUGCAAUAACAUGCGAUCAGCGGUAAAAUAAAUUCAAGGGGAUUUGAAAAUGUUGAGACAUGUUAUUAAGGGUGAUUUUUUUAUUGAGAUUCCUUUGGUUGAUAAAAUAGGCUAGACUACACAAUUUUUAUACAACUAAAUUUAAGAAUAUUUAAGUUAGCGUAGUUUGAAUUGUUAUAAUAACUAUGCUUUCAAAAAUAGUAUUUCAAAUGUUUUAAAUUUAAAACAAUCACAAUAAUACCUCACUCAACACUAUUUAUUUACACUGUCAAUCACUAUUGUUCUACCUCUAUUAAAUGGCAUUAUGAAGCUUGUAUUGCACCUUUGUUUAUUUGACAAUACGUUGUCUUUAAUGCAAAACUUUUGUAUAUAGGUAGAUUUGAAUAAACCUAGUAAAUACUUCUAUUUAUA